UUAUAAAGAGGAAAUAUCAAGAAUAAUAAACAAACGAAGGAAAUACUAAACAAGAAGAGAGGAUAAAUAAAGAAUUAUAUUUAUUAUGAAAUAUAUUUAAUUAUCAAUUUGGAGUAGUAUAAAAAUAUUAUGUGGUAUAAGAAGUGAGAAUAUCUGGUCAAUUUCUGCUGACAAACUGUACAUAUAUUUUAUUAAUAAAAAUAAGUGAAAUAUUAUUAAUAAUGGCAGAUAAUUUAGUAAAAUUUUCGAAAUUGAGAUCGGCAACAGAAGCCAGUUUUUGGGCGAAAUUUUCCGAAUUAAAAAUUGAUAAAUUUAAGUUGGAUGAUAAAAUUAAUAUACCUCUAUGGGGAAGUUAUAGUUUAAACGAUAGUAGAUCAAGUCCAUUGUUUCUAGACUAUACUUCCUUCAAUAAAAAUUUAGAAACAACUUUACAUAAUAAUGCAGUUGCUUGCUAUGGUUUCAUGGUGAAUACGAAUACUCUUGAAUUAUUUAAACAAACGCAACCCGAACAAUUUAUAAAUUCAUUCGCAAAGCAUUUAAUUGAAUCAAUUAAAAGUGGCACCGCUCUUCAAGAACCAUGGAGGCUCUCUUUAUUUAUAAUGCUCUCAUUCUCUGAUUUGAAAAAGUACAAAUUUUUCUACUGGGUUGCACAUCCAACUCCAUACAAUUUACCUGAGACAUUCUAUCAAAAGAAUCCAACACCAAUAUGUGAUGAAUUAAAUUCUAGUCAAAUUAUUGACUUACAAAAAGGUUUUUCUGAACUAGAUAGUAAAUCAAAAUCGUUUUUUACUGUUUUUAAGUCGAACGAAAAUAAUAGUGUUCACAUUAAAACAUUAGCGGAAGGAGUGGAAUUUAUUAAAAAUAAAAAUAAUGAUUUCGAGUCAAAAUCACAGGAUGCGGUUUACUUUGCUUUUUACGAUUCCACCGGAAAUUCGACAAUAACACCAGGUUGGCCUCUUCGAAAUUUAUUGUGUCUUUUAUUUUGGCACUGUCCGGAUUUUAGUUUCACUGAGACAAUGAAUUUUCUCGCAAUUAGAGGAAAUGAUAUCAAUAAUGCGAUAUUUUAUUCUAUAAAAUCUAAAGAAUAUUCGGACAUCGAAACUGUUCGAAAUGAAAUUUUGAAAGAACCUUUCGUCGGUUGGGAAUCGAAUACAAGUGGAAAAAUGGGUCCCAAUAUUACUGAUUUGUCAGACUCUAUGGAUCCUGUUAAAUUAUCAAGCAGAGCAGUUAAUUUAAAUCUUAAAUUAAUCAAAUGGCGUCUUGUUCCUGAAUUGGAAUUGGAAAAAAUUGCCGAACUUCGAUGUCUUUUACUGGGGGCUGGAACUCUGGGUUGUUCCGUUGCUCGAGUAUUACUUGGUUGGGGCGUUAAUACAAUAACGUUUGUUGAUAAUUCCGUCGUAUCGCAUAGCAAUACAGUUCGCCAAAGUCUUUAUACGCAUGAAGAUGCUGUUAAACGUCGACAUAAAGCCGAAGCCGCUAAAGAUGCUUUACUCAGAAUUCAUCCAAGUUUGAAUGCUGAGGGUGUGGUUUUGCAAAUUCCAAUGCCGGGACAUGUUGUUGGCAAAAGUAUGAUGGAGUCGACAGAGAAUGCUUUUAAAAAAUUGGAGGAAUUAUAUAAAAAGCAUGAUGUUGUUUUUCUUCUUUUGGAUUCAAGAGAGGCAAGAUGGUUGCCCACUGUUUUAUGUGCUGCAAUGAAUAAAAUUGCUAUAAAUGCCGCUCUUGGUUUUGACUCUUACACAGUUCAACGUCAUGGUACUCGCAAUUUACAAGAGGCAUCGACUCCCGAUCUAAUGGUACAAAAUCCAUCUGGCAAAGAUCUUGGCUGUUAUUUUUGUAAUGAUAUAACACAACCUGGAAAUUCUCAGGUGGAUAGAACUUUAGAUCAACAAUGUACAGUGAGUCGACCAGGUUUAUCUUACAUUGCCUCUGGCCUGGCUGUCGAACUUUUAGUUGCACUAACACAACACCCUGAUGAAAAUGAUGCGGUGGCGAUGUUGGAUGACAGUAAAGAUCUUGCUCGCAUGAAUAAAAAUAAUUCUAGUUUUGGAUUAUUGGGAGGAAUUCCACAUACGAUUCGUGGAUCUCUAUGGGGACAUGAGCAACGUUUGACAAUUACUCAUAGAUUUCCCUCGUGCACCGCUUGCUCUUAUCCCAUUAUUAAUGAGUACAAAAAACGUGGAUUUUCAUUUGUUCUCGACGCUUGCAAUCAACCAAAUUAUUUAGAGCAAUUAGCUGGUUUAGAGGAAUUGCUGAAGAGCACUGAUUUGGAAGAGUUUUGCUACGCUCUUGAUACAUCAAGUGAUGAGGAGGAAAAAGAUUCAUGAAACGGUUUUUUUAGUCAAAAAUAAUGGAGAAAAUCGUAAAUUGGUUGUAAGUCAUUUUUUUUCUAAUUAUAUAUUUUAUAUUUGUGUAUUAAAAAUCGGCGAAGGGUCGAACAGUAUUGAUAACCAGUUAUAGGAAAAAGAAACUUUUUAUAUUUUAGGUACUUUUUAAUAUUAAUGUUAAUAUGCGAUUAACGUAUAGAAUUAAAAGAAAGAAAUGAAGCAAAAUUUUCCGAAUGUUUCACUACAUUUUUAAUUUUGUUUCUGUUCUUAAACGUAUCGGAAAUGAACUAUUUAUUAACAUGAACUUUUUAGUUUUUAAUUUCAUUUGUAAUUGAAAAUACGAAUCAUAAGAAUA